AUGAGGUCCUCCCUGUCUCAGAGGCAGACUUACUCCACCAAAGGAGGUUUCAGCUCCAACUCUGCCAGCGGAGGGGGCGGGAACCGAACCCACACCAGCUUUAGCUCGGUGACCAUGUCCCGGAGCAGCGGCAGUGGUAGUGGGGCUCGCUGUGGCCCCAGCUCAGGGGGCUUUGGCAGCCGGAGCCUCUAUAAUUUGGGGGGUAAGAACAUCUCGGUCAGUAUGGCUGGUGGGGCCUCCUCAGGCCGGACGCUAGGAGGCUUUGGCCUUGGCAGUGGGGCCUACAUGGGCCUGGGGUCUGCUAGGCAGACAUUUGGGCCAGUGUGUCCUCCUGGGGGAAUCCAGGAGGUCACCGUCAAUCAGAGCCUGCUGACGCCCCUCAACGUGGAGAUCGACCCUGAGAUCCAGAGGGUGCGAACCCAGGAGCGCGAGCAGAUCAAGACCCUCAACAACAAGUUUGCCUCCUUCAUCGACAAGGUGCGUUUUCUGGAACAGCAGAACAAGGUGCUGGAGACGAAAUGGACACUGCUGCAGGAGCAGAGCCAGAACUCGGGGGUCACCCGGAACAACCUGGAGCCUGUCUUUGAGAGCUAUCUGAGCAGUCUGCGGAGGCUGCUGGACAGCAAGCAGGGAGAGCGGGGCAGGCUGGAACUGGAGCUGCGGAGCGUGCAAGAUAACCUGGAUGACUUCAAGAACAAGUAUGAGGAUGAAAUCAACAGACGCACUGCCUUGGAGAACGAGUUUGUGGUGCUCAAGAAGGAUGUGGAUGCUGCCUACAUGGGCCGAAUGGAUCUGACUGGCAAAGUGGACUCCUUCACCCAGGAGAUUGAGUUCCUGCAGCAUCUCCAUGAAGUGGAGCUGAGCCAAGUGCAGACCCACGUAUCUGACACCAACGUGGUCCUGUCCAUGGACAACAACCGCAGCCUGGACCUGGACAGCAUCAUCGCCGAGGUCAGGGCCCAAUACGAGGAGAUCGCUCAGAGGAGCCGGGCUGAGGCCGAGUCCUGGUACCAGACCAAGUAUGAGGAGCUACAGGUGACGGCUGGGAAGCAUGGGGACAACCUAAGGGACACCAAGAAUGAGAUUGCGGAACUUACGCGUACCAUCCAGAGGCUGCAGGGGGAGCUGGAUGCGGCAAAGAAGCAGUGCCAGCAGCUGCAGACGGCCAUCGCAGAAGCAGAGCAGCGUGGGGAGCUGGCCCUCAAAGAUGCUAAGAAGAAACUUGGGGAUCUAGACACAGCCCUGCACCAGGCCAAGGAGGACCUGGCCCGGAUGCUGCGGGAUUACCAGGCGCUCAUGAAUGUCAAGCUGGCCCUGGACGUGGAGAUUGCCACCUACCGCAAGCUGCUGGAGAGCGAGGAGAGCAGGAUGUCUGGAGAGUGUCCCAGUGCUGUCAGCAUCUCGGUGACCGGCAACUCCACCACCAUAAGCGGCGGCAGCGCAGCGGGUUUCGGAAGUGGCCUCUCCUUUAGUGGGGGUGGCAAGGCCUGCAAGGGCGGCUUCUGUGCCAACGUGGGCUACGGCACUACCAAGGGUGGGCCCGUCUCUGGGGGCACCUCCAUCCUGAGGAAGACCACCACUGUCAAGACAUCCAGCCGGAGAUACUAGCCUCUCUGACCCCGGCUGGCUGCGGCGUGGUCCUCACGCAGGCCACUGCCUUCUCAGUGAGCGAUUUGCCUUUGGUUUUCUCCUAGGUCAUGCGGUGGGAUAGGAGGGAGAGUCAGGUCACCAGCUGGAGUGGUGCGUUUGGGUUGAUAUGGGGGUGCCCAGCUAGAAGAGGUGGGGUGGCUUGGGUCAUUUCAGCUCUCCUCACCUCUUCUCCCCAUCUGCUCUGAGUUCAGGACAGGCUGGAGGAAGAAAGAGGGGAGUCAGGAGUGGUCCCCUGAGAUUAGUCCCACCAGAUCCCCUCCCUCCGGUCACCCCACAACCCUGUCUCCUA